AUGAGGCAUGAUAAAAAUCCUUAUCUUAAGUUUAAGAAUGAGAUUGUUGAAAUAUUAAAAGAUAAUUUUGAAUUUGAUAUUCAUUUUGAUUUUAAAACAAUUAUUCAUUAUUAUCAUAAAGAAAUUAUAGUAUCAAAAGAUAGUAUUAAAUUUUUAAUUUUAUAUAAAUAUAGACCAAAAGCAAAUAUUCAUCUUAAUGAUAUUGGAAGAAUAAAUAGAAUUAGCAAAUAUUAUAGUGUUCAACCUGUAGUUGUUACUAAUCAAGAAUAUAGGAAAAAAGCAAUUAAACUAGCAGAAGAAUUGAAUGUUUUAUUAACUCAUAAAUCUAAUAUUAAAUAUAAAUUACUUUUUUGUAUUAAAAAAGAAAUUAAAAAGAUAGAAUUAGAAAAUAUUGAAAAAGAAGAAAAAAUUUAUUUAUGUAUUUAUGAAUAA